AAAUCAGUUGUACCAGUUGUUUGAAUGCAUGACGAUGUAAUGAGCUAUGUAAUGUCUCUGGUAUUUCAGUUUUAUGUUGCCUAACGGCGCUGUAACUUCCUUGAAAAGAAAGUAUAAAAAGUCAUUUUUUUGUUUCCUAAUUUGGCAUCAACAUAAUACUUUGUACUGAAACGCUGUAAUUUGUUUUGAAGGUAAUUUUGUGUUUUUAUUUCAUAGUAUUUGCAAAAUAUUAAAGUUUUGAGAGUGUAAUUUCUAAGUUAGUGACAUUAUGGGUGUUCCAAAGUUUUAUCGUUGGAUUAGUGAACGCUAUCCAUGCCUAAGUGAAGUCAUAAAAGAAUUCCAGAUACCAGAUUUUGAUAAUUUAUAUUUAGAUAUGAAUGGAAUAAUACAUACUUGCUCACAUCCAAACGAUGAUGAUCCACACUUUCGAAUAACUGAAGAGAGAAUAUUUGCAAACAUAUGCCAUUAUAUAGACUUCUUAUUUAAGAUGAUUAAGCCGAAGAAGGUCUUCUUUAUGGCUGUUGAUGGUGUUGCACCAAGGGCUAAAAUGAAUCAGCAAAGAGGUAGACGUUUUCGAACAGCCAAAGCAGCUCUGAUGCUGGAAGAAAAGGCCAAAUCCUGUGGUGAGGAUCUUCCAACAGAAGCCAGGUUCGAUUCUAAUUGCAUAACACCUGGAACAUCUUUCAUGGCUAGGUUUCAUAACGUUCUUAAGGGCUUUAUUGUGUACAAAAUUUCAUCAGAUAGAUUGUGGCAAAAUGUACGUGUAUAUUUUUCUGGUCAUGAGACUCCUGGAGAAGGGGAGCACAAAAUAAUGGAUUUUAUUCGUUAUGAAAAGUCCCAACCUGGUUAUAAUCCAAAUACUCGACAUUGUUUAUAUGGUCUAGAUGCUGAUCUUAUAAUGCUUGGUCUUUGUUCUCAUGAACCUUAUUUUUGUCUACUGCGAGAAGAAGUAAAAUUUGGAGGCAAAAAAAACCAGAAAAGAAUAAUGACCCCAGAAGAAACUACUUUUCAUUUACUUCACAUAUCUUUACUAAGAGAUUAUUUAGAACAUGAAUUUUCUCCGGUAAAGAAGAAAAUUCCAUUUGAAUUUGAUUUAGAACAUAUUGUAGAUGAUUUUGUUCUUAUGAGUUUCCUUGUUGGAAAUGAUUUUAUUCCUCACUUGCCUCAGCUUCAUAUUCAUCAUGAUGCUUUGCCUGUUUUAUUUCAAACUUAUAUGGAUGUUUUGCCAUCUCUAGAUGGUUAUAUAAAUGAAGAGGGAUAUUUAAACUUGGAACGUUUUGAGAUAUUCUUGAGAAAACUUUCAGAAUAUGAUUUUCAAAAAUUUGGUGAAAUGAAUGAAGAUUUUGAAUAUUUGGAAGGAAAAUCGAAAUUAAAGAAAAGUGCUGCAAAUGAAAAUGAAAAAAGAAAUACAUCAGAGUUUUUGUCCAAUUUAGGGUUCAGCAGCAUGGCUAUAAGUAAAACAGCAGAAUUUGAUUCUUCUGGUGAAGAAGAGGAAGACGACGAGGAUGAUGAUGACGAUGAUUAUGAAAGCAAUGACGAUUCAACUCUAGAGCUUGAAUUCAAAAUGCAUAAGGAUUAUUAUUAUACCAAUAAACUAGACUUUGAAGAAUUGACACCUGAAAUUAUGAAAGAUCAAGCUGAAGGGUAUGUUAGAGCUAUACAGUGGAAUUUACAUUAUUAUUAUAAUGGUGUUGUAUCAUGGAGUUGGUAUUACCCGCAUCAUUAUUCACCGUACAUAUCAGAUGUCAAAGAUUUUAAAAACAUGAAAAUGAAUUUUGAAUUGGGAAAACCAUUUUUGCCAUUUCAACAACUUUUAGCUGUGUUACCGAAGUUAAGCAAGGAUCUUUUACCUGUAUCAUAUCAAAAUUUAAUGUGUGAUGAGGAUUCCCCUUUGAUUGAUUACUAUCCUGAUGAUUUUGAGACUGACUUGAAUGGCAAACAACAAGAAUGGGAAGCUGUAGUUUUAAUACCAUUCAUCAAUGAAAAAUUGUUGCUUAAAUGUACAACUGUAGCAGAUGAAAAAUUAAAUGAAGAGGAGAAAGAGCGUAAUCGUCAUGGUCCUCAUCUUCUCUAUACCUUUGACAAAAAAUCACAUGGCCCUUUUCCUUCAAUUCUCCCUGAUUACUUUCCAUCACUUAAUGAUUCACACGCUAAACUUGAAAUGGUUGAUCCUGAUUUUUUUAGACUUCCUGCUGAUUCAAUUGUCAAAGGUCUUUGCAAAGGAGUAAAUUUAAAUCGGUUCAUAUUAGGUUUCGCUAUGCUGAAGACACUGAGACAUUCUGCGUGUCUGAGGAAUGAAAAGGUUAAAGUAUUCCAGUCAGUAAGUCAAAAAGAUAAUAUGAUGUUAAUGAUGAAGGAACCUAAAGAAGGUAAUAUAGGAAAAAUAGCUAAAGAUAUUAUUGGUAAAACUAUUUAUGUUGGUUGGCCUCACCUCCGUGAAGCAAUGGUAAUAUCUGUUACGGAUUCAAAAGUUAAAUUUGCAUUUGAAAAAAAUAAAAAGUCUGGUAAUUUAAAUAUAAAAGAAGAGGAAAUGUCCUUAGAUGAAGAAAAGAUUUGGCAACGUCAGGUUGAAUCUGUUGAAGAACAUUGUUACCAAAGAUGGGGUAUAUUUGUGGGAGCAGUAGAUAUCCUUGUUCAUGUUAAAUGCUGUACCGGUAUAAAAUAUAUAUUAACAGAGGAUGGUGAAGUAAAGGAAGACAAACAGUGGGAAGGAACACUUAGCAAUUAUGCAAUUCAGACGACUGUUAGAAAUGUUGAAGCUUUUUCUCCUGAUAUCAAGUGCAACAAAAAUGUUGUAGAUAUAUUUUCACCGGGUUUAACUGUAUUUGUGCUUGCACCACAGUUUUAUGGAAACUUAGGGACUAUUAUUGAUAUUGAUGUUGUAAAAAAUAAAGGAAGUAUAUUGGUAGAUAUAGAAAGCACAUCAGAACCAGACUUGCAGCAUAUUAUACAGAAACAAGUUGAAUUAACUAAAGAAAAGUUUAUGCCUGGAUAUUAUGUUGCACAGCAAUUAGGAGUUGAUUCACAUUUUAUAUCCCGUAUUACUGGAACAUUUUUAGUUCAGACUAGCCCUAAAGAGAGCACCAGCCCAAACCGUGUGAAUAUAGGGCUUAAUUUGAAAUUCAAUCGUAAAAAUGAAGAAGUUCAAGGCUUCUCUAAGAAGAAGGACAAUCUGUGGUUGUAUUCAGAGGAAGCAGUGAAGACCUUAAAUGCCUACUUGAUAGAAUUUGGGGACUUUUUUGAAAAAUUGCUCAAAUUUAUUAGAAAUGAUGUAGUUUAUUUGGAGGAUAUUUAUCCUGAUGGUAAAGGGAAUGAGAUUAUCAAUAAAAUAACAAAAUGGUUAAAAUCACAACCGUGCAUUUCUGCAGAACGGCAAGAAUGUGGCAUGAAGAAAUUGGAUGUUGGCAUUGUGUCUGCAAUUGAACAGUGGGUUCAGACUGGGAUGAAAAGUGAAGAAGUGUAUCAUAUGAAAAAGUCAAUAAAACCUCAUCAAUUGUAUAGCCCCUUUUUAAAUAAAGGUGUAUCAAUGCCUGAUCCAACAGUAACUUUUGAUCUUUUUGACAGAGUUGUUAAUGUUUCACAUUCUUCAAGUGUGCCACUGGGACUGAAAGGGACUAUCAUAGGAAUCCGUUCUGCUGAAAAAGAGUUGGAUUUCAUGUAUGAGAUACUUUUUGAUAAAGAUUUCUUUGGUGGCUUACAUAUUGGUUGUUCUUCUCCAAAGGCUUAUCGGCUUCCACCUAAUUCUCUUAUCAAUAUAAGUCACGGAGAAAGGUUAAAGAAGAAGUGUUAUUCUCCAAAAAAUAUUAUACCAAGGUUACAUAAGAAUAAUUUGUUUGAUUCAGCCGUGAGACAGUUGAAGUCCGAGGUUCCGUCUACACCAUUUCAAGUCCUUCAGAAAAAACCGUUGUCGUUACUUCAAAGCAAGCCAUUUUACAAAGCUGAUUCUGAAAAUUUUCAGAGUCAGCCAGGUAUUUUAAAUACAGUAGAUCAGCCUUUCUCAUCCAAUUUAUCUGGGAUCUCGGUAUCAGAUAUGCAUUUUGUGACACCUAAAGCUAGUCCUGCUAGUGGCGGCUGUAAUAAUAAUACAAAAAUUGCACGGAGAAAGUACCCCAAUAGCUCUCAAACAGAAUAUCAGACUAGCCCUUUGGGAGGAGGAUAUGACAAUAGCCCUAAAAUUAUGACUAAAGAUAAUUGCUCUAGCCCUCAAUCGGAUUAUCGAAGUUUUUGGGCCGAUUUGAAGAAAAAAGCUCCCGAGUCUUCGCCAACAAAAAGUGUUCCAAAUAGCACUUACUGUCGCAAGCUUUCUGUUGAAGAGCUCUUUCAGUAUGUUCAGGAUAAGGCAGAUUCAAAUCAAGAGCAAAAUAUGUAUGCCUCAAAAAGGAUACCACCAGUUAAGAAUCAAACAUCUCAUCUACAGGCAACUGAUUUAUUAUUCCGGUUCUGUGCUGAGAAAUUUGGUAUGCAACCCACAUAUAGCUAUAAUAAUUAUGGAAAUACAAGUUUGGUUAUAGCUACUUUAAGAUUGCCAAAUUCUGAAAAUGUGACCAGUAAUCCAUUUCCUACUAAACAUCAAGCUAUGUUAAAUGCAGCAGAAAAAGCACUUGCAUUUCUGAAUUCGAUGAAGAUUCAUCACAAUGUUAUUAAUCAGAAUUGUUUAAACAACUCAAUUCCUCAAGAACAAAGUGCAUUACUAAGGCCCUUAAUUCCACCGCAGACUUAUCAACCUGAUUUCAGAUUUAUGUUAUAUCCUCCUCCUACCCAAAAUCCUAGCUUUCCAGCUGCAUAUGCCCAAAAUUCAGGUUUCCCACCACCACCAUUUUUUCAACCAUAUGCUGCACCAGGAUGCUUUGAAGCUCCACUUUUAAGGCAUCCUCAACCUGUGCUUCCUCCUUCUAUACCCGAUUCAUUUGUGAAAGCAAACCAGAUGUUGCUUUUGGACUCAAAGCUACCUUAUCCUGUACAACAGAAUUCAAGUCCUGCUAAAAUUAAUAGCAGUGUAGCCACUUCUGAAGAUGAUGUAAUUCAUUUCCCUGGUGGAGGGACUGCAACAGCUCGUGGUGGACUAAAAUCAAGCCAAAAGAUAUGUAGUGAUAACUCAUCUACAAGUAUGUUUGUUCCAGGUCAAGUGAUGAAGCAAGCAAGGAAGUCUCCCCAUUCUGGUGUAAAUGUUUCUGAUGAAUGGCCAGCUUUAUCAACAAAGAAAGAAGAGAGUUUACCAAACAAAUGUGCUACGGAAGUGCAUAAUUUUUGUGAAGAAAGGACUAAGUCAUAUUCUGAAGUUUCUAAAAGUUCUGAACCUCUUUCAUCUAAUGCUAAUAAUAAAUCUUCAAAUUCACUUAGUACAAACCUACAAGUUUUGAAAAGUAAACCAAAGCAAAGAUUAGCUGCAAAAUUUCAGAAUCCAUGUGACUAGAAUGUGUAAAGAAUUGUUUUUUUGCAGCAUUUUAUCAUUAAAAAAUAAAUUUGGGUUUUAAAGUAUGACUAAAUGUGAUACUGAUUUUCAGACUAUUAAAAAUCAAGUACUUUCAGAAUUAUGAAAUCUCUGAAGCAUAGAAAUUAUUUAUGUUUUUAGGGAACUUUUAAAUAUUGGUUGUAAUAGCAUUUUAAUGUUAUUUAUAAAACAUGUUCAUUUAAAUGUAUGUUAUUAAAUUUUAUUUCUUUACAUUAUUUAAAACUAUUUAUUUGAUUAUUUUUUAGAGAAAAUACAACCAGUUUUCAUUUUAAAUUUAGAAUAUCAGUUUGUUGUUGUUACUGCAGUAUACUGUAUAUCCCCCCCAAAAAAAUAAAAGUGCAGAAUAACCGAAAAAACUGA